UACGGGGACUGGAUCUACGAAUGGCAGGAGUUCCCAUGGUACUGUUGCCACAUCUGUAUGAUCUUAAGAGUUAAGAGUUAACCAAAGAAGAGGGAUAUACGCAUUGCGUGUGCCAGGUGGGUGGUGUCCAAACACGUCGUACACAAAACUCAACGCAUACAAACUCCAAAACCAGAAAAAUCUCAACUCUCCACUUCAAAGUUGAACCCAAACAACAACCAACCAUGGAAGCUCGAAUACCCUCUUCAUCAAUGUCAUUUCUCCCUCUUCCUCCAUCACCCCUCAAUUCAACGCAACCAACAACCCCUGAUUUCGAUUUCAACACUGUCUUCUCUCACCUAAAUUCCGUCCUCAUCUCCCCCAAAUCCCCCAAAACUCAAAAAUCCGCCAUUAAUGUCUCCCUUCCCCAUUUCCUUUCAACCUCCAUUUCCACCCAACUCAAACUCCAAAACCCAGAAAUACCCACCUCUCAAAAUCCCCUAAAAACAACUCUAAAAACCACUCUGAAGAACCUCUCAGUAUUCGAACGCGCGUUCAUCGGCGCAUGCGCAGGAGGAUCCGCUGGCGCGUUUACAUAUGUCUUCCUGUACCCACUUGAAACCGUAAAAACCAAGCUUCAGACAAAAGGAGCAAGCCAAGUUUACAAAAAUACCCUCGACGCCAUUGUUAAGACCUUCGAAACAAAGGGUAUUCUAGGGUUUUACAGUGGUGUUUCAGCUGUACUUGUGGGGUCCACUUUUUCAUCUGCUGUGUAUUUUGCAACAUGUGAGUUUGGGAAAUCACUCUUGUCUAAAUUUGAGAAUUACCCACCUGUGUUAAUCCCUCCUACUGCUGGUUUAAUGGGGAAUGUUGUGUCUUCUGCAAUAAUGGUGCCUAAAGAAUUGAUUACUCAACGAAUGCAAGCUGGUGCAAAGGGGAGGUCUUGGGAGGUUUUGCUUGGAAUUUUGGAGAGAGAUGGGGUUUUAGGAUUGUAUGCUGGCUACUCAGCUACAUUGUUGAGGAAUUUGCCUGCCGGGGUUUUGAGUUACUCGACGUUCGAGUGGCUGAAAGCGGCGGUGCAGAGAGAGAAAGAGAGGGAGAAGUUGACACCAUUGGAGAGUGUUUGUUGUGGUGCAUUGGCGGGGGCGAUUUCCGCCUCGUUGACUACUCCAUUGGAUGUAGUUAAGACUAGGUUGAUGGUUGGGGAGGCUGUUAAUAAGGUUGCUGCUGCUACAUUUACUGGUGUUAGUGCUACUGUUAAGCAAAUUUUGGCUGAGGAAGGUUGGGUUGGUUUUACUAGGGGUAUGGGACCUAGAGUUGUUCAUAGUGCUUGUUUUUCUGCUAUUGGUUAUUUUGCGUUCGAGACCGCCAGGCUUGCUAUAAUGGAACAGUAUGUUAAGCAUAAAGAUCAGUCUAAGGAGGAGAUGAUAGCUACCACUCCUCUUUAAUCGUGAUGGUUUCGGAUGUGAGAUGAUGGUGUUUGGUAAACGUGCAGAUGCUGGCGCUUCUGUAGAAUAUUUAAUCUGAGUUGUAGUCAGAAGCGAAAGGUGGAAUAGGAGAAGGGCCGGGUUUCAACUUCGAAGGUUCAUAGUUAUGUCAAAAGGAAGCUGUUGAUGAAUUUAUACAUGGAAAGAAAAGGUUUCUUGUUCUUCUUUUUGCUUGACAUGCCUUUAACAUCGUUUUGUCAGAAAUCUCGCAAUGAAAACUAAAUCUCUGUUUUUUAGUUAGUGGCAGAGUUUUGAUGUAUCCAAUCACUAACCAGUCUUUAGGUGUUGGUCCUUAGCGCCUGUUUCAUCUGACAAAUCUGAAGGCCAUGUAUGGUCAAUGUUUCCAUAUAGUCUGGAAGGGCAACCAUCACUUUGAUUUUGAGGCAAGGUUUUCUUCUUCCUGAAUAGACCCCAUAGAUAAUAUUUCCGCUGUAAUCCUGCAUUUGAGCAUCAACAUGUGUUUCCGACUUGUCAUUA